AUAUGAUGAAAGUAUGUUACCAAUAUCAUGUCAGCAAUAUUAUGUUGUAAUAAACUCGUGCAGUUAACUUCCUUAUUGUAGGAAAGAGGGAUAGGAUAAUUAAAUGACCAUGAGGUUAAGUUUUAUGAAUCUGUACCGUUCAUUUCUGUGUCGGAAGAAGGUGCAAGGUGAUUAAUACAUCACCGUGGGAACGUUAAUUUGAAAAAACCUAUAAAGGAUGGAGAACAUCAACUGACGCGUCACUUGAUUGUAGGUAAUAUACACCUACAUCUUCUAUUUUUUCAUUAUAUAAAUUCAUUAAAAAAAAUCAUUACGUAACCAACACUAAAAAUAAAAUAAUAUGGAAUACGAAAUGAAAGACACUGACAAUGUUUUACAUAGAUCAAAACGAAACAAUAUUAUUUUAAACAAAGAACUAGAAUACUGGAUGACUCAACUGCCGGAAGCUUUGAAAAAUCUUCCCAUAAUAUAUUUGGCAAUACCCGGUUCUCAUGAUACGAUGACUUAUACCAUAAAGCGACAUAAUGAUGUGGGACCCGAUGAACCAAAAUAUAUCAGAGCUUUUGGUCGCUAUUGUUCAUUCGUCUCAAAACCCAUUAUUUUUAAUUGGUCUAUUACACAACAUGAAAAUAUUAAGGAUCAGCUCAAUGGUGGAAUACGAUAUCUGGAUUUACGUGUUGCAACCAAGCCAACAGAUGCAAAUAUUUAUUUUGUUCAUGGUUUAUAUGGAUCGAAAAUAUAUCAACCAUUACAAGAAAUAGCAGAAUGGCUAUCUUUCCAUAAUAAUGAAAUUGUAAUCUUAGAUUUUCAGCAUUUCUAUUCGUUCUCAGAAAUGGAUCAUUCUCAUCUUGUUGAAACAAUUUUUCGAAUAUUUCAGACGAAAUUGUGUCCCGUAGCUUCUAUGUUUGAUCAUAUAACAUUAAAUUGGCUUAAUUUAGAAAAAUAUCAAGUAAUCGUUAUUUAUAGAAAUGUAUUUGCACAAAAUUAUUCAAAUUUAUGGCCAAGUUGUUUGUGGCGCACUCCAUGGCCUAAUACUGUUCGGGUUAACGAACUUAUAGAUUUUUUAGAUAUAAAAUUAAAAGCGCGGCCAUUGGAAAUCGGUUUUAUAUCACAAUGUCUUUUAACUCCUGAUAUUUCAUAUAUAUUGAAACAUUUAUGUGGAACAUUACAGAGAGAUUUAAUACCAUUAUGUCAAAAAGCAAUUCUUCUUUGGAUAAAUCACAAACGACCUGGUCGUGGUGGUUUAAAUAUCAUUAUAGCUGAUUUUAUAUCUGAUAACAAUUUUUUAUUUUGUAAGACAGUUAUUGAUAGCAAUAAGAAAAUUUUUGACUUACAAUAAU